UCACACUCACCCCCGACACACUCAGCACACUUUUCCUCCAUCUGAUUAACAGUCCAGCAUACACAAUGAUUACGGGAAAGCGUAAAUAAAUACGGAAAGGGUUGAUUAUUUUGACUACUGGAAGAGCUUUGCUGGGUCUCAGCGCAACUUUUGUUUUCAUUACUGAGAAGGUGAUCUCUCCAUGCGUUUCUCUCACACAAGGAUUCUUUAAAAGAGGAAGAAAGACCGAGAGAGGGGGGAGAACAAUCUUUCACUUUAAGACCGUCUGGGCUCAAAGAUAAAAGGAAGGGGAAAGCAGCGGCUAGGAACCCACCGCUGCAACACAUCGGAGAGCGUUUGGGUACAUUUCUGAGCGCAGCGGCCCGUUUCUCCACCGAAGUUGGCUCCAGCGCUAGCAGCCGCAUUGGAUCCCACAGCUUACUGCGAGACUCCGGUGUACAAUCCGGAUCUCUGCCCCAACAUGAUCGCGGCCCAGGCCAAGCUGGUAUACCAUCUGAAUAAAUACUACAAUGAGAAAUGCCAAGCCAGGAAAGCUGCCAUUGCAAAAACUAUCCGGGAAGUCUGCAAAGUAGUUUCCGACGUGCUUAAAGAAGUGGAAGUGCAGGAGCCCCGGUUCAUCAGCUCUCUCAACGAGAUGGACAACCGCUACGAGGGCCUCGAGGUCAUCUCCCCCACCGAAUUUGAAGUGGUGCUUUACCUUAACCAAAUGGGGGUGUUCAACUUUGUGGACGACGGCUCGCUGCCGGGCUGCGCGGUGCUGAAGUUGAGCGACGGGCGCAAGAGGAGCAUGUCCCUCUGGGUGGAAUUCAUUACCGCCUCCGGCUACCUCUCGGCGCGCAAAAUCCGGUCCAGGUUUCAGACGCUGGUGGCUCAAGCGGUAGACAAAUGUAGCUACAGGGAUGUGGUAAAGAUGGUGGCAGACACCAGCGAAGUGAAACUGAGAAUCCGAGAUAGGUACGUGGUGCAGAUCACCCCGGCUUUUAAAUGCACCGGGAUCUGGCCGAGGAGUGCUGCCCACUGGCCACUUCCCCACAUCCCCUGGCCGGGACCCAACCGGGUGGCGGAGGUCAAAGCGGAAGGGUUCAAUCUCUUGUCCAAGGAGUGCCACUCCCUGGCCGGCAAACAGAGCUCGGCCGAGAGCGACGCCUGGGUGCUGCAGUUCGCGGAAGCAGAGAACAGACUGCAGAUGGGGGGCUGCAGAAAGAAAUGCCUCUCCAUCCUCAAAACCUUACGGGAUCGUCACCUUGAACUGCCAGGCCAGCCCCUGAACAAUUACCACAUGAAGACUUUGGUUUCCUACGAGUGUGAAAAGCAUCCCCGGGAGUCAGACUGGGACGAGUCUUGCCUGGGUGAUCGGCUUAACGGGAUUUUGCUGCAACUUAUCUCCUGCCUGCAGUGCCGGCGGUGUCCUCACUACUUCCUACCGAACUUAGAUCUGUUUCAAGGCAAACCUCAUUCGGCUCUGGAAAACGCUGCCAAACAAACGUGGCGACUGGCAAGAGAGAUCCUGACCAACCCGAAAAGUUUGGAAAAACUUUAG